CCCUACUGGUAAUACCGUCAUAAAUAUUGUUAUGUUUGGAAGAUUAGACAUCAGAACGUCGGAGCUGUGCUACUGCGAAGCUCUAAGAUGAAGGGACUCCUGGUUAUCCUGGUGUGUAUCAUAUACACAAUGAUGAUAUUUAGUGUUUCUGCUAUGUUGAUGCCAAUAGUUAACACAUUUGGCUUGAAAAAGAAAGGCAUUUUAUCAUACCUUUGGACAUUAGUUUGGGGAAACCCACAAAUCCCAUUGUGCGACAAAGACUGUAGCACUGAAAUUGUGGAAUUUUCUGAAGAUCUUGAUACAAUGGACGAUAGAAACAACAAUGUGAAGAAAUAUAGAAAGCACAGCACACGGGAAUUAAUUUUAUCAGAAAACUCAGACCACCACUCACAAGCCCCAUCAAGUCCAAGACUGACAACUAUUCGUGGUUAAAGUAUUUGGAGGAAUGAAAGAUGUCCCUUCCUGAGAAGUUUACAUCUGUUGUUACACCCUUGGUUCAAAUCCAGAUCUAGAGGGUGACUUUUACAGUACUGUUGCAAAUGGACUUUUUAUGUACAUAGAACACAUGCAUGUGCUGUACAUAUUGGUGGCAGUGUGACAGAAAACCAAGAGAAAAACAGUUGAAGGGUUGAUUU